AUGAUCGUGACUUGUCCGACCGCGGGACAUUGCUUCCCGGGUCGGUACGUGUGUUCGGCCGAGGCUCUUUGGCCGACCGCGGAAAUGCGUUCCUUGGCCGGCCGCUUAGCACGGCUUGGCUGCUUUGCACUUCAAGUCAUCAAGACCAGUUCCCUGCGUGCUCUGAUUGAGUUAACUUUCCAACGCAACUGGAACGGCCUAAUUUGGAUGAGUAGAAAAGGAGUUAUAACCAAAAGAGGAGACUGUCCAGACGGCUCUAUCGAGAACAGCGCCCAACCGCGCAGUCCGGCUGGCCGAGGAACGCAUGUUCCGCGCUCGGCCAAAAUGUGUCCGUCCGUCUGA